UUUUAACAAACAAAAAUUUAUUAGCAAUGCUCCUUUUUUUUGAGAACUAAUACUCUUAAUUAUUUUUUUUCUUAAUACUUUUAACAACGUUACUCAAACGAUAAUCACUAUCUAUUAAGGCAUAUGAUUGCUUUUGUAAGUAGAGGAAAAUAUGUUUUGCACUUUCAAAAUCUGAUAUAGCACAUCCACAAAUAUGAUUUAACCAUGCAGGUGUUGUGUAUGGAUAGUAGAAUAAACAGCAGGCAUCAUAAUGGCCAGGAAAUGGUCAUGAAGAUAAAUGGAUAAACUAUUUAGAAACAGAAUAUCUUUUUGUUACAGAACUGACUCCAUUAGCUGCAAUAUGAUUGAAUUCUAUACAUAUUUUUGAAUAUUAUAAGUUUCAUGUAUUUUGUGUUCACUGGAUGCAUACUGGAUAAAUAUUUUAUAUAUGCAGAAUGAAGUUCAACGAUGCGUUCAAACAAAUAUUUAAGUUGGGACUUGGGGUUAUUAUUAUUUAUAACUAGAUGCUUCGUAAAGAAUACAAAAGGAGCAAGACAAAGAUUUUCCUCAAGUACAUUCAUCAUCAUGAUAAAUUCGUAAUACGAGAAUUUGGUCAUUCGAACUACGAAAGGCUGCAUAUGCAUGUGUUUGGUGGUUUAACAAAUAAGGUAAAAGGGUAAUUUUACUAUCAAGUGUUGACGUGUUGUUACACCAGUGGUUUAAAGAAAAAAGGGGUAGGACGGUAGCUUCACUUCACUGUAUGUAACUAGUGAAAAAGGACAUACCAGUACUUCGUCGAUAAAGCUUAUAAUAAGGUCGGCAGUACACACCCACAUAGAUUUUUCCAAAUUCCAAUGAUCACGAUCAGUUUUGGCGUCCUAUAAACGUGCCUAUUUAUCCUAUUUUCUAUAGUUUUAUUUAAAAUUCGCCAAAAUUUAAUUCCGAGUAAAAAAGCUCUGAAGAACUUAGUGGGUUAAAUUUGUGUACAUAUUAAAAAUUACAACACUAAUACUUUGUUUUAUACUGAAUUAUUAAUUGAGUAUUUCAUUUAUUUAAACUCAAAUAGUCAAAUUCAUAGGGAUAAACCGAAAAUGCUAUGAAAUUAUGCAUGAAGAAACACAAAGCACUCAUCUAGUGAUUUUUUUUCUAACGUUUUUAUUAGAAAUGAAAAGAUGAUUAUUUUGUUCCUAGCUGGCUACCACAUUUAAAUACAAACGUCGAUGAAACUCGAUGUACUAGGCCGUCAAAAUUCAUUAGAAAAAACCAAUUUUCUUUUGAGCAACAAGAAAAGGCCAACUAAAAUAAUGAAUAAGCUAACGGGAAAUACCGAUCAUGUAUAUAAUGCUGAUAAUAACUACAAUAUCUUACAAAGUAAUGGACUAGGACAUGAAAAAGUUAUAUAAUAAGAAGAUUUAAAUCAAAAUCCAUACUAAUCUUCCUUGUAGUUCUAUUAUAUAUACCCGGUCGUCAAGCUAAACAAACGACCUUACUUUUCUACGACCAUAUGAACGAGAGAGCUAAGUACAGAGGAUGUCAAAGUACUUUCACAGCCUCUCACAAACACCACACAGGCUCAAGUCCAGGAUGCUCGCCACGUGGACUCCCGACCAAGAGGUCAACCAAGUCCGACUCCGUUCAGGCGCCGACAUGAAGCGCAAGCUCCGGUGGUUCGACCUCGUCUCUCUCGGCGUCGGCGGAAUGCUCGGAGUCGGUGUCUUCGUGACCACCGGACCCGUCGCACGUGACAUCUCUGGCCCGGCAGUAUUUAUUUCCUACAUGAUCGCUGGUUUCUCGGCACUUUUGUCCUCACUCUGCUACACCGAGUUCUCAGUUAACGUCCCUGUCGCUGGUGGAGCUUUCAGUUAUCUCCGAGUCACUUUCGGUGAGUUCAUCGGGUAUUUUGGAGGAGUCAACAUACUAUUGGAGUAUGUUUUGUCCAACGCGGCGGUUGCUAGAAGCUUUACGGAGUAUAUGUGUACUGCGAUUGGCGUUUCUGAUCCAAACGCUUGGAGAGUUAAAGUAAUUGGUCUCGCUAAAGGUUACAAUGAACUUGAUUUUCCUGCGGUCGUACUUGUUCUUCUCCUCACUCUUUGCCUUUGUCAUAGCACGAAGGAAAGCUCCAUGCUGAACCUAGUGAUGACGGUGUUCCACAUAAUAUUCUUCGGGUUUGUAAUAAUCGCCGGAUUCUGUCACGAUGACGGAGUUAAGGCGCUGGUGGAGCCUCGGGGCCUUACUCCUUACGGUGCUCGCGGAGUGGUUAACGGAGCUGCCGUCGUGUACUUCAGCUACAUCGGGUACGACACAGUUUCCACUCUUGCUGAAGAGAUCCAAAACCCUUCCUUCAGUCUCCCUGUCGGAAUCAUUGGCUCCGUCUCCGUCGUCUCCGUCCUCUAUUGCCUCAUGUCUCUCGUACUCUGCGUCAUGGUUCCGUACAAUGAGAUAUCAAAGAGCGCGUCGUACGCGGUUGCUUUUCGGAGGAUCGGGUGGGGUUGGGCAGGGAACGUGGUUGGUGCAGGUGCCAGUCUAGGGAUCGUGGCAUCGCUUUUGGUGGCGAUGUUAGGGCAAGCGAGAUAUCUCUGUGUCAUCGGAAGAGCCAGACUGGUCCCUUCAUGGCUCGCCAAGGUUCAUCCUUCUACAGGAACUCCCUUGAACGCUACACUAUUUCUCGGCAUAUGCACAGCAACAAUUGCGUUAUUCACCGAUCUCGAAAUAGUGAUGGAGCUGAUUUCACUCGGAACGCUCUGUGUUUUUUACCUAGUCGCAAACGCUCUACUCUAUCGCAAAUACACCUUAACAGGCCAAAACGCACCCGUUCACACACUCUCGUUCCUUGCCCUCCUCUCUUCUUUCUCGCUAGCGUUCUCCCUCUGGUGGAAACUAAACAAACCGUGGUGGGGCCUGACGCUAUUUAUCGCGAUCGCAAUAGCGGUCACUGCGUUUUUCCAAUACCACACGUGGUCGAUCUCGUCUACGGUUAGUAAGAAUCUUCUGAGACCAUCCUGUCCCUCCAAAUGGUCGGUACCGUUCAUGCCGUGGCCGGCGGCAGCUUCAGUGUUCCUUAACGUUUUUCUAACGACAACACUGAAAACGCUGUCGUUUCAGAGGUUUGCGAUUUGGACGUGUCUUGUAACGAUGUUCUAUGUGUUGUAUGGCGUUCAUAGGACUUAUGAGGCGGAAGAGAUGGGUAGAGUAGAUGUUGUUGAAAUUCAGGUGACUAGCACGAGGGUGCAACCGGAUAAGUUCGACAACGUUCAAAUGGCAAUUCCUUAAAGUGUAUAUUUAGAUUAUUAGUUUUUUUUUUCCGUGUGUUGAGUUAAGAAAAUCGAUAUAGUUGACGCGAAAUUUAUGUGGAUUUACGAAACAAUUCAAAUGAUUUCAAGUGAUUUAUGAUCUUCCCAUAAACAUCAAAAUCUUUAUUACCAUUCCUCUUUAGUUAUUUAUUUGGUUACAAAUGAGGAAAACAAAAACUUUUAACUCCUUCACUAUGAUUUUGUAUGUUAAUUUCUUUCUGAACACAAGCUUCAUUUGACCUCCUCCCACCUGAAAUAUAUAAUUAUCUGGAAUGCAUAAUAUAAAAUGGUUUUAUUUUAUUUUGCUUUUCCACAAACUGAUCAAAGUCUUAACUACAUAAUUAAUGAAACCGAUAAAAGAAUCAAUAAAAAAGCAAAAGAAAGUAAUUAGAGACACAUGUAAGUAACCCUGCGGAGUUUAGCAGCCAUCAACUUGUUUACUGUUUCAAUGGCACCCUCAACUCUUUCAGCCUUAAUAUAUGCAUGAAUCAAUGAUGUGUAAGUUGCAUCAUCUGGUUUCGUAAAUUCUUGUUUCAACCAUUCAUCAAACACGCUCUCAGCCUCGGACAACCUC